CAGAACAUCGCACAUAUGACAAAAUCUCAGAAUCAGAUUUUGUUAAUAAACCAAUUCGAAUUCUGGAUAAUAAAUCACGUACAACGAGGUCUUUUGGUACUUUGCAUAAUAGCAUCAACGAUGGCCGUACCGACUCCCAUACCUGCUUCUUAUCAAACUGUGACUCAAGGCGCCCGUUUAUUUUCCACCGACUUCGUCAAGAUUAUUGCAAAGGAGAAGUCAGAGAAUUUGAUAUGCUCUCCUCUGAGCGCUGAUGUUGCUUUGAGCAUGGCUGCAAUUGGCUCUGAAGGGAAAACUAAAGAACAAUUCAAGAAUGUUCUCAAACUUCCUGAAACGCAGCCGCAGACUUUAGAGGGUUACCAACAACUCAUUAGUAGUUUGAAUGAUGUCGACAACGUUACCUUGAAACUCGCUAACAAGAUAUUCAUCGGUCAACAUUUUCCAGUGAAACCUGAAUAUAAGAACGCUCUCCAGACUUAUUUCUAUUCUGACAUUCAGUCAGUAGACUUCACACAAAACCAACAGGCUGCGACUACUAUCAAUAACUGGUGUAAAGAAAAGACCAAUAAUCGCAUUAAUAACAUCGUUACACCUGAAGAUUUAGAUGAUUCUACUGCACUGGUACUUGCUAACGCAGUGUACUUCAAGGGUAAAUGGGCCAAGGAAUUUGAUCCCAAGAAUACUGAAGACCGUCCAUUCCACAUUAACGCCAACACCGUGAAGAAUGUUCCUACUAUGUAUAGGAAAGGUUACUACAAAUUCGUUGAAAUGCCAGAACAUAACGUGAAAUGCAUCGAAAUACCAUAUGCGAAUACUCAGGUCAGCAUGGUAAUUAUUCUGCCCAAUGAAAUCGAUGGUCUGACCGCAUUGACCAACAAUCUCGAUGCCAUUACUGAAGCUUGCAACACGCAUCUCAGUGAAAUUCACGAGCGCGAAGUCAAGCUAUACUUGCCCAAGUUUAAAAUCGAGUCUGAGUUAAAUCUUAAAGAUAUGUUGUCUGACAAGAUGGGCCUUUCUUUACCUUUCUCUGAUAAUGCGAACUUCAGCAAUAUUUCAGCGAUACCUUUGAAAAUAUCUAAAGUCGUGCAAAAGGCUUUCAUUGAAGUUAAUGAAGAAGGUAGCGAGGCGGCUGCGGUUACUGGUGUCGUUUUCGCCCCGGCUUCUCUUCCCCGGGAAUUUGUUUUCAUUGCCGACAGACCUUUCUACUAUGGUAUCAAAUACAAUACUGUUUCGCUCUUCGAUGGACAUGUUGUGAAUCCGAUGGUCAACUAAAGAAAGGACCUAAACUAGCAGAUUUUGAUAGUUAAGCCUGCGCAGACAGUUUCUAAACAGAGUCUGUUAUAAAUUUUUGAUGCCAGAAAUGCUACAAAUUUACAGAAAUGCUACAAAUUUUAUUAGAAUCUAUCUAACAAUGUUGUCAAACUGCCACCGGGAAUCUAACAAAUUUUACUGACAUGCUAUGUCAAAAAAUGAGUAUAGAAAACUGACUUUAUAGAAGUUCAACGACAGAUGUCGACAAAAAUUCUGUUGCGCGCAAUUUAGCGGCAGCACCUGCUCGAUUUCUGCUGCCAACUUUUCGUCGAACCAUGUUAACAAAUCCUGUCGCUACAAAGAACAAAAAAUGGUGGUCAAAUUUAAUGCGAAUAUAAGUAGCUAUUAGUUUUAUUAUGAGUUUCUGAUCGAAUUUUCUAUCAAUCUGCUAGUAUACUACUAACAUUCUGUUUACUGAAAAAUGAAUUUUCCAUAAAACGAGGAAUUGAUAUUUAUUUCUAUUGUCAUUUCUGGUCGAUGUCGUUUGUUAAUUCUAUGCAUAUAAUAUUGAGUUUGUGAGAUUCAAACAAAUAUUUGAUCGCUGCUCAACUUUUGUAAAGAAUCCGGGAAGUGACAUCCACUAAAAAAAGUUUUAGAGUUUUUUAGAAUAUAUAGAGGCGUAGUUUAACUAUUAAUUGUUUUGAAAUAGCAGAGUAAUACGCCUUAAAUUGUUAUGUCUCUCAAAUUAUAUGUUACUUACAAGGAACGCGAAAAUUCAAAAAAUCUGAAACUUUGCUUAAUUAUAGACUAAUAGGCCCUAAUAACAAAACAAUUUUUUUUUGGUGCUAAAAACGGUUUUAGGGAUGAAAACAAUCCCCUAUAAAACAUCGGUUUUUACAUUUCGAAGCGAAUACUCGAAACGAAAAGAAAUAUGAAAAAAAUGUUUCAAAGAAAUAUGAAAAAAAUGUUUCAACAAAAGUUUUAUGGCAGCGAAUGUACUUUACAAUGGCGUAUCUGGAUUUUUUUUAAAUUAUAAUAUUUUUCAAAACACCCUCACUAUUUAUUGUUUUUUUAAAUAUUAUUAAAAAAUUUCCAACGUUCACAGAUAUAUGUUUGAAUUCUUGCAAUGUCUAUACUGUUUGGAUUAUAAUAAAGAGAACAUCUAUAUAAUUUU